AUGCACCUAGCCGACCAUAUUGUGCAAAUUAGGAGCGGGGGUACAGUCGACAUGCUUACGAGCGAAGCAGUCACCGUGUCCAAGCUUGCAGAUGACAUCGGCGUUCUCAGACGCGGCGCAGCAGAACAUCGGGGCAGCAAUGAGGUCACAAACGGCGACUCGUCUUCAGCGGCCCUUGUGCGCAAUGCAGUAGCGAAAGAGCCUGGAGACCCCGAGAGCGAGGACGAACACGAGGAAGUUUUGAUAGGACGCAUCAAACUUUCCGUUUUUAAGCGCUACUUUCGUGCUGCUGGGUGGUGUGCCUUAUGGUAUCCACUUGCGGUGGUGAUGCAGACUGGUUUCGCCAACGGACAGCUCCUGUGGCUGCAGGCUUGGGCCAAGAAUGUCUCCGAAGACACCUUGCCUGGAUCCAUUGGGAUGCACAUCGGUAUAUUGGUGCUUCUGGUGCUGGGAAGGUUCGUCACCUACGCCGGGUCCCUUCUGAUCUACCUGCUGCUUUUCUGCCCGAAAAUAUCGCUACAGCUGCACCACGACUUGUUGAAUGGCGUUUUACUCUCAGGAGCCGACUUUUUCCUGAAUCUCAACCCGGGCCGCAUGAUCAAUCGCUUUACUCAAGAUGUUUUUGCCCUCGACUUCCAGAUCUGCACCUACGUGGUCAAUGUUGCUCUCUUCGUCAUCAACCUUGGGUACUCAUUGGUCUUGAUGAUGCUGCCAGCUCCGUACCUGGUUGGCGUUAUUGUUGCCAUGGCAGCCCUGUACUUUCUCAUAUACAGACUGUAUAGCCCGUCGUCCCGGCAGCUGCGACGCUUGGAGAUGGCUACAAAGUCCAGUCUCCACUCACAAUUCAGGGAGACGGGAGAUGUGCAAGGACUUCUCACCAUACGUGCAUCCCAGUUGGGACUUCACUUCUCGCGGACAACGGCUUUCUUACUGGACAUGUCGCAACGACCCUACUACUCACUCUGGGCAGUCCGUGUCUGGCUACAGACUUGGCUCAAUAUGCUGGCCAUGGUGCUCAACACGGGCCUCGUGCUCUUCGCCGUGAGUCUGAGGCAUACGUCGAGCUCGGGAUUAGUGGCAGUCGCCCUGGUUCAGGCCAUCUCUUUGUCUUCCGAUCUUAAUGGCCUUAUGUCAGCUUGGACAGACCUCGAGAUUGGAGUCGUAUCUCUAGAGCGAAUUGAACAGGUGAUCACACUUCCUGCGGACCCCAAGGAUACUCCAGCAAGGUUCCAGGAGAUGCCGAGCACAGUAAAGGGCAACACUACCCCGGCAGCUGUUGCGGUUCGUUUCGAAGACGUGACUGCAGGUUACCAAGGCAGAGACGGCCCCAUGUCACUGCACAAAGUCAGCUUCGAUCUUAAACCUGGUGAGCGUCUGGGCAUUUGCGGGAGAUCUGGAAGCGGCAAGAGCACGCUUGUGCUGUCACUCCUCCGUAUCCUCGAACCAGCUUCUGGUCGGAUCACGAUCGAUGGUGUCGACAUCUCGACAUAUACUGGUUCCUCGGUCCGUCAAGGCAUUUCAUACGUGCCACAAGAACCUAUCGUUCUGCCGUCGCUGACCGUGCGCGAGAAUCUAGACCCGGACUGCGAACAGUCGGACGAUCAAGCUUUCUGGAAAGUGCUCGGACAGACUGCAAUGUCUGAAACCGUCUCGCAACUUCCUGAAGGACUAGACAGUCCUGUCGACUUGCAAAGUCUGAGCAUGGGACAGAAGCAGCUGUUGAAUGUUGCCCGCGCACUUCUCAAACGGAGGGGAUUAUGGGUUUUGGACGAGGCGACCUCGAGUCUGGAUCUGGAAACCGAUGCACAGAUCCAACUUGCUCUCGCUGGCGCGACGUUGGAUGACAAAGGCGAUUAUGGCAACAAAGUGCCGAGGGCUCAAUCGAAGAAACGCGCUGGUGUGAUCUGCAACGACAGGGAUAGUACUUUUGAUGCUACCUUGCCGGGGCCAAGUAGGCCAACACUGAUCACUGUCGCACAUCGGCUGUCCACGAUCAUGGAUUAUGACAAGAUCCUCGUGCUGGGAGGCGCAAAGGUUCUCGAAUUUGGAAGCCCAUCUGAGCUUCUCCAGCUGGAGAACGGAGAGUUCAAAACGAUGGUAGAGGAGCAGAACCGAAGCAUAAGGUAG